CGCGCACGCGCUCUUCAAGUUUCCGGGACAAGUCCGUUUAUUUCUCAUAGCAGGAGACGGGAUGAUGGCUGUCCUCCUUCGAGCCGUGCCAAGGUUUCAGGGGCCAGCUGUGUGGGGGAGGCCUCUUCAUCGACUAUGGUACUGUACUGGGCAGGGAGAUUCCAGAAGGUGGGUUAGGAGCACGUCCCCCACCUCACAGGAGAAGCCACCAGGCACAGAGACUGAAAAGUUCCACACAAUCUACCGAUUCAAUGCCAUCAGAGUACUCGGGUAUGUGUCUCGGCUGAAGUUGGCUCAGACAGCUGUGACUGUGAUAGCCCUGCCUCCGAGCUUCUACUCAUACUCACAGGGCCUCAUGACCCUCAAUUCACUCUGCCUGGUGAGUGGGAUUGCCUGCUUUGCCCUGGCCAUGCUGUACUGGAUGAGCUACUUCUUCAGGAGGUUGGUGGGCAUCCUCUAUGUGAAUGAGUCGGGUACCAUGCUUCGAGUGGCCCACCUGACCUUCUGGGGAUGGCGACAGGACACGUACUAUGCCGUGUCAGACAUGAUACCUCUGACAGAAUCCAAGGACCAAGCCCAGGAAGUAUUUGUACGCAUCCAGCAAUACAGUGGCAAGCAGACCUUCUACCUUACCCUGCGCUAUGGCCGAAUCCUGGACAAAGAACGUUUCUCACAAGUGUUUGGAACCCUGACCAGACUCAAGUAAAGAACAGCAACUAGGCCUCCCAUAUCCCUGGUUACACCAGAUUUUAGAGGGGAAGGCCAAGAACAUUGAUGAGGCAGAAGCUAAUACCCGUAGGCUGGGACUGAAGCUCCGCUGCAGACUGCUCAUCUAGCAUGCAGGCAGUAAAACCCUGGGUUCAAUCCCUGGAGCUGCAUAUAAGAAGGCAUGACUGUGUGUGCCUGUAAUCAGCUCUGGAGAUAGAGGCAGGUGGAGAAGAAGGUCAAGGUUGUCGUGGGCCAAAAAAGAAGAUGUUAACCACCUUUAGGAAAAAGCCCUUGGUUGAACAUUGUGCUCAAUAGGGCAUUAUAAAUGCUAUGCCAAGAUCACCGACGCAGCUCACUGCUAUGAAACCAGAAGGCAGAGGAACAUAGACUUGGAGUCUGAAGACUUGGGUUCUGCUGGACCUCAGCUCCUUGACCUGGGGCAGGGUAUUAAGUCUCUGAGACUUGAAUUGCACUCUGUGAGAAAGAAGAGCCUUCUCUUGUGGGGAUGGAUGUGAAAAUAGCCAGUAAUGGCUGAGGCUGGACAUGUAGCUGUGUGGUAGAGCUCUUGCCUAGCAUGUAUAAGGCCCUAAGUUCCACCCUCAGCUCCACAGAAGAGACAUACCAGUACAUGCUGCAUGCUGUGCCAGGGCAGCAGCCCAGAGUUUACAGCACCGAGGGAGGCUUCCAGGCGGCCUGCCCCAUUUGCACCCGCCAGAUUGGCGGCUAGUGCCGAAGCCUAAAGGGGGCUUGUUUUUCUCCCAUCAGGAAGUCACUGUGAUGUGGGAUGUCCUUCUGUAUAUGUGUUGCCGUGUUGGUUGGUGAAUAAAGCUGGGCCUACUAGAGUUUUGGAAGUUGCUUACAAGAUAUUCCUGUUUACAUAGGUAAUAUAUCCUUCUGGGGUCUUUAAUGGAGUUAAAGACUAGAUAGUUACAGCUUUUCUUAGUUAUGAUAAAAGAUAAAUUAUAUAUAAAACUUUAGACUCACGAAGUAUUGUAACUAAUUUUUUCUUGUUAACUGUUGUAUAUGUAAUUUUGCUAUGUUAAAGUUGAAACUCGCCUUCUUAAUUAGACAGAAAAGGGUAGAUUAUGUGGGAUGUCCUUCUGUGUGUGUUGCUUUUAUUGGCUAAUGAAUAAAGCUGUUUCAGCCAAUGACUUAGCAAAAUGUAGCCAGGCUAAAAGAGAUAUAGAAAGUAGGCAGAGUCAGAAGUGCCAUGUAGCUGCUGAAGGAGAAGGACCCGGAACCUUCCCAGUAAGCCACAGCCUCGUGACAAUACACAGAUUAAUAGAAAUGGGUUAAUUUAAGAUAUAAAAGUCAGAAAUACACCUAAAUUAUUGGCUGGUGCAGGACAAUUCUGUAUUCUGUCAAUUAUGUUUUAAAUAAAUGCUGAUUGGCCAGUAGCCAGGCAGGAAGUAUAGAUGGGGCAAUGAGAACAGGAGUAUUCUGGGAAGAAGGAAGCUCUUUCCCCAGUCCUGCACAGACCACGGGAGAAGCAAGAUGUGAUCUAACCUGCUGAAAAAGGUACUAAGCCAUGUGGCUAACAUAUACUAGAAUAAUGGGCUAAUAUAAGAGCUAAUACGAAGCCUGAGCUAAUGGGCCAAUCAGUUUAUAUUUAAUGUAGACUCUCUGUGUGAUUUCUUUGGGAUUUACUGGCUGUGGGAACUGGGCAGAACAGAAACCUCAGCAAGCAGGCCCUCAUGUUACAAUGGCCAAGCAGUAUUGCAAUUAAUAUAGUUUUUGUGUGAAUAUUUGGGUCUGAGCAGUCGGGAAAUGAACAAG